CUUUUGUAUGGAGGGAGAUUUCCUGCAUUGAUUUCUUUUUCGUUUCUUUAAACAAUGGCUUGGGACCUUCGGACUGAAGUGUGGGUGGUCGUGGGCUCCUCUGCGUGCCAGGCUGCUCCCACCGCCGGGCCGCGUGGUCCGGGGCCUAGAGGGAUGCUCUGGUGAAGGCAGGGGCCAGACGCGGUGAGCCCGAGGCCCCCUGUUUGCCACCUUGAGCCUCUUGGGGAGCAGAGCCCGUAGUUGUGCGACGCUAGUGUUUGCCACGUGACCUCGGGAGAUUCUUGAUUGGGUUUCCAGCAAGGAAGCAAAACCGCAGAUUUGUCAACUGUCAGAGAGCUCAGAUUCUUCAAACUCUGAAAGUGAAGCAGAGAGUGAACCAGAACAAGUUUCUGGGUACCACAAACUGCUCGCCACAUUAAAGAAUGUUUCUGAGGAAGAGGAAGAGGAAGAGGAAGAAGAAGAAGAAGAAGAAGAAGAAGAAGAAGAAGAAGAAGAAGAAGCAGCUCUAGUUGAGGCAGAAAUGAACAGUGAAGAUGGUGACAGCGAUGUCAGUGUGGAGGAGGAGACAGCGGCAGCACCUGCUGGGAUGCGGGAGAGAGGUAACGUCUUACCUGCUGACCCCAAGGAAAAAGAUGGGGACGAGCCACCUGGCACAUCACAACAAGAAUCCCCGGAGGAGUUUACAGAUACAAAACACGAGUCACUUUUCAGCCUGGAAACCAAUUUUCUCGAAGAGGAAAGUGGAGGCAACUGUUCUCUGAAAGGAUCACAAGAUCAGAAUUCAUCAGAUCCAUUUCUGCACCAUGUAAACAAGGAACUGAAAGAAAAAGAAAUUCAGGCCAUUGCCACAAAUCCCAAAACUACCCAUGAGCUAAAAUGGCCCACUCUGGGUCAGCUUGUCUUUUCAUCCAAGUUUCAGAAGUUGGAAACAUUUAAACCCCCAAAGGACCUUGACCUAAAGGCACUUUAUCUCCAGAAGCCUCUGGAAUCCACCUGGACCAAGACCAACAGCCAGUUUCUCUCCGGUCCCCAGAAAUCAAGUAGCCCCUUCACACCGCUCCAGAAAGAGCUGUUCUUGAUUAUGAAUUCUUACCAGGACUUGUUCUACCCAGAAAGGACCGCCCUGAAGAACGGGGAGGAGAUCCGCCACGUGUACUGCCUGCACGCCGUAAACCAUGUCCUCAAAGCCAACGCCCAGGUGCUUGGCAACAACAGCAGGCGCCGGAGCCGGAAACUUGGGGUGGGCGACGAUGACGACUUCAGGGACCAAGGGCUGACAAGGCCCAAGGUGCUGAUCGUGGUGCCGUUCCGCGAAGCUGCUCUGCGGGUGGUCCAGCUCUUCAUCAGCCUCCUGGAGGGCGACAGCAAGAAGAAAAUAAUUGUGAGCAACAAGAAGAGGUUUAACGGAGAGUAUGGCUCGGAUCCCGAGGAGAGACCACCCAACCUGAAGAGGCCUGAGGAUUACGAAGCCGUAUUUGUCGGCAACAUCGAUGACCACUUCAGGAUCGGAGUGGCAAUACUUCAGAGAAGCAUCCGGCUCUAUGCCCCCUUUUACUCCUCGGACAUCCUCAUUGCCUCCCCUCUGGGCUUGAGGACCAUCAUUGGCGCAGAAGGGGAGAAGAAGAGGGAUUUUGACUUUUUGUCUUCUAUUGAGCUUCUCAUCAUUGAUCAAGCUGACAUUUACCUGAUGCAGAACUGGGAGCAUGUCCUGCAUUUGAUGAACCACAUGAACCUGCUGCCCUUGGACUCACAUGGGGUGGACUUCUCUCGAGUGCGGAUGUGGAGCCUCAAUAAUUGGUCCAAGUACUACCGCCAGACACUGCUGUUCGGGGCCCUGCAGGAUGCCCAGAUCAACUCUGUGUUCAACAAGUACUGCGUCAAUGUGCAAGGCCAGGUGGCCGUGAGGAACGUCCCGCUGACAGGCUCCAUCAGUCAUGUGCUGGUGCAGCUCCCCCACGUCUUCCAGAGGAUGGAAGCUGAAAACCUAGCUUCAGUGAUUGACGCCAGGUUUAACUUUUUCGUGAACAAGAUUUUGCCUCAGUAUCGUGAUGCAGUCAUGUCUCACACGCUCAUCUAUGUCCCCUCCUACUUUGACUUUGUGCGUCUCCGAAAUUACUUCAAGAAGGAGGACCUGAACUUCACGCAUAUCUGCGAGUACACCCAGAAGUCCGCUAUCUCCAGGGCCAGACACUUCUUCCUUCACGGGGAGAAGCAGUUUCUGCUCCUCACAGAGCGCUUCCACUUCUACAAAAGGUACACUAUAAAAGGCAUCAGGAACCUGAUUUUCUAUGAGCUGCCAACAUAUCCCCACUUCUACAGCGAAGUCUGCAACAUGCUGAGAGCCGCCACCAGAGGAGAGGAAGCCGCCUGGACCUGCACUGUCCUCUACUCCAAGUACGAUGCCCAGAGGCUGGCUGCGGUGGUCGGCGUGGAGCGGGCCGCGCAGAUGCUGCAGUCCAAAAAGAACGUCCACCUCUUCAUUACUGGAGAGAGAUGAGGAUUUGGUGGGCAGGAAAUGGUCGUUGGCAUGAUACCUGGGCUUGGUUCUGUGCCACGUGGACUGGAUUCUGAUCGCUUCUACAGGACAAGGACUGCCAUAAGGAAGGAGCACCAGCAGCAUCGUGUCUGACACUUCUUUUCAGGUUUCGUGUCCCUGAAAACUUCAGCGUAAACCAAAUGUUGGUAACUCCCAUCUUCAAGGGGGAAGCUAAGGGGAGGGAAUCUUAGAAGUUGAUAAAGCAAACUUCUACUUGUGAAUAUUUUUUUUAAGCCAUAAAUUCUUUUAUUGUGAUUUUUACCUCUAAUUUAUUACACUUCGUAAAUUUGUUCAGUUUGCCUAUUUCUGUUUGAUAUUUUCUUAAAGUAAGGAAGGCAUAUGUGUCAUUGCUUGUGAGAACUGGUGAUGAGAAACUGGAAGACUUCUCGCUGCUGAAUAUCCUGUGAAUUUUGGAUUGCACAGCUUUUGUAGAACUGUUAUUUUUCCCCAACCAAACUUUAAAAACUACAAAUACUUGAUUUUAA